AUGUUGACCUGUAGGCCGAUUGGUAGGAGUCUAUUCUCUUUCUUACUGGUAGUCAUUGAAAUUCACUGUUCAUUCUGUCAACCUACAUUUGAUACGGAAUGUGGUUCAACAGCACUUUUAUUCAGUUCAAAUGGCAACAUCUUUUCACAUAAAGGUUACGAGAAACAGUUAAAAUAUGAUGGAUUGAUCCAGUGUUUCUGGUUAAUAAACACUCUUCCUGAUAGACGUAUAAUUGUACAGUCUGUCAACUUUGACUUAGCUGGUAAUUCAACAGAAUGUGACGAAGACAGCCUAAUGGCUUAUGAACCUAAUGAAACAUUUUUUAGUAAUAAUUCAUCUGAUAUCAGUGCAUUCACGAAAAAGGUUGGCGACAAGGCUUAUUGUGGAUCAGAAAACUUUAGACUAUUGUCUAAUUCCAAUCAACUACUUUUAGUAUUCAAGGGUCGAUCAAGUGGAAGACACAGAGGAUUCAAUUUACGUUAUGCAACUGUGCCUACUGCUUUUGCAAGGCAAAUAGAACAGUCACUGAUGUCUUCUUCACAGGAUGACACAUGUGAUUCAUCAUUCGAGUGGAAAUGUUCAAAUUCACAUUGUGUUCUAAAAAAGUGGAGGUGUGAUGGAUACGCUGACUGUCCAGGUUCUGAGGAUGAGAUAAAUUGUUUUCAUUUAUCAUCACUAAAAUCCCAAAGAAACAGAAGACAGAAACGAGCAGUUGAUGAUGAAGAUGACUGGGGUCGUGUUGUAAAUGGUCAACCAGCUGCUCAAGGAGCCUGGCCAUUUAUUGUCUCCCUUCGGUUUUCUGCGAAUGGAGGACAUGUAUGUGGAGGUAGUCUGAUUAGCAAACAGUGGGUGAUGACCGCUGCACACUGUGUUCAGCUAAUGCCAGAUCCAAAGAAUUGGUAUGUAGACAUAGGCAGAUACUAUAAAAACACUAAUGGUCCCGAAAUUCAAAGAAUCAAAGUUGAUCAAGUUCACAUAUAUCCAUCUUAUAAUCGUAUCACCUAUGCUAAUGAUAUUGCCCUACUAAGAUUGGUAACUGCAGCGGAUUUAACUAAAGGGCAAGUGAGUCUAUCUCCAGUUGCACGAGAUUCAUUUUUAGCGGGUAAAGUGACUGCAAAUGUUCAAUGCUUAGUGGCAGGCUGGGGAGAUACACGUGACACCGGAUCAAACACUGUUUUAAGACAGGCUACUCUUCCAGUAAUUGAUUACAAUCUUUGUAAAUCUUGGUAUCCAUCUCUCACCCCUCAAAGUUUCUGUGCCGGUUAUCAAGAUGGAGGUAUCGAUGCAUGUCAAGGUGAUAGUGGAGGUCCACUAUUAUGUUUUGUCAGUGGUCGGAUAGUUCAGGCUGGCAUUGUGUCUUGGGGCAGUGACUGUGCCAAACCAAGACAACCAGGAGUCUACACUAAUGUGGCUUUAUUUGUCAACUGGUUUUCAAGUGUUCUGUAA